AUGGCGAGCGACUCCUUUCUCGGCAGCCUGAUCAAUGUGCUGGUGGAACUCCUACGUCUGGUCGGCCGCGGCCUGGCCUUUUGUCUCUAUGUACUCAUGAACGUCGUGGUGGUUACCGGUUGGAUGUUACACCUUGGUCUCUCCUUGAUGGGCGUGGUCCUCAGCCUGCCCCUGUUUUUCAACAUCAAGCCCUUCACUGAGGUGAUGACCGGUAUGAGCAAACCCUAUGUGGACAUGCUCAGUGAAGACGACAGCUGCACGGGCACCAUGCCUUGUACUAGGGCCGUCGACAGCUGGGUCGAGUUCAAAGCCAAGGAUGGCUUCAUCUAUCUCCUGUUCAUCAUCGCCACCCCCUUCCUGAUCGUUGGCUCAACCCUCUGCGCCCUUCUCCCGAUCUUUGACCUUGGUCUCUUUCUGCCCUCCUACCUUCUCGUCAACCUCAACCCGCGCUGCCGCAAGCACUUUAAAAAGCUCUUGGAAGAGUUCCGCGACGAUACCACCUCGGCUGCUGAACGCUAUUUAGUACUUCGUGGUGGUACCUUUGGCCUCGCGCUCCUCACACUAUUUGACCUCGUUGAAGCAUUUUUGUCACCACGCAUGUUGAUGGUGCUGCAAGACGCUCGGGACAAGAAUCUCGAUCGGGGUGCCAUCUUGGCGCACGUCUUUUGGGCAAUUGUUGACCUCUUUUGCUUGACGUUGGGCGUGCUCGUCUUCCUAACCUUCUACCGUGCCUCAGAACUCUGGGCCAGCCUGAGAGCCAACUUCAAUAACAAGGAGACCGAGCACAGGUGGCGCAAAUGCGCGCUGGUCUGCCUUGCCAAGUUUCUGGUCAUGGACCUCUUGCUGUUUAUUGCGGCACUCCUUGAGCUCGUCACUCUUUAUCGAACCAUACCCUUCAUCUCGGGCCUGCGCAGUGCUCUCUCGGGGUUUAUGCCCGCCGAGCGCACCCAAGCCCAACUCGCAGACUUCAACAUGCUCGUACAAAAUAAAAAGCUUGCUCUCUACUUUAUUCUUGCCGAGGCUUCCCGUAAUCUGCUGCUGCCACAGCGUUUGCGGCUUCACAUGACGGGAAACGCCGCCUUUUGGAGUGAUGCCAGCAAGGUGGCUGGGAGUUCAGCCAUCGCCCUCGUCAAGCUUUUCAUCCCGCUCACGCUCAGCCCACCGGACAUUAGCCUCACCACCACCGAGGCCGGCACAGCGGUCCUCACCCUGCACGUGCCUCGUCCAAGCCGCAAGCAACUUCACGAUGUUCUACUUCGCCUGCAACACUCCCAUCGACUUGUUUUGACCGUCGUCGAUCCGAGCAGCGGUCCAGAUCCACUGGUGCAAGUCAUGUUUGAUAUGGCUCACGUGGUCGCCUGGCUGCAGACCGAUCUUGAUAUCAAUACCGUUCGCCCCGCCCAACCGUUGCUGGUUUGUGACGGUCUUACUGAUCCUCCCGUGGAGAGCCGUGACUUCCGAAACGAAGCCUUUCCCCGUCUGGUCCUACAAGAGGGCCUCGAACUUGGUCGCGGGCUAUUGCAUCUCGUGAAUCUGUUGCUGAUCUUGGUCCUCACCUUGAUUCCCUUGGGCCGUGGCUUUGUCUUUUGGCGACAAAUAUCCCGAGGCCGUCUAGUAUAUGCUCAGGCGCGACGGGCUCAAACAUGCCGACGAGCAGUCCGGCGGUAUCUCUACCAUCUCUCCCAGGGUCCCAAAUCCGCACGCGCCCUUGUGCGCGCCAAGCGGCGCCUGUAUGACAUUGAUUAUCUCCCACAGCCCCUGGUCAAAGCCGCGCAGGAGAUGGACUGGAUGCCCGCCUCAGCACCCAGUGAAUGGAGUGCCCAAGGCACCAUCCAGGCAAACCACCUUGCCUACCUUGCCGAGUGCUUGCACGAAGUGCCCUAUUCACCGGAGGAGGCAGCACAACGUGCCAAUUGGAAUUUUUCAAGCAUGAGAAAACUCUGCCACAGUCACCUGGUCCAAUAUGCCGUAGACCUCGCUGGCCUUCUGGGGCUCACCUUGCUUCUGCUUUGGCCCCUGCGUUGGGCUUGGGCCUUUCACCACUGGUCAUUCUAUUGCGCCCUGCAGGGGCGCUUCGAGGGCACUCGCGCCCUGGGGCUGCGCCUGCUGGUUGAGUUUGGCCAGGACGUUCUAGCCCUCAUUGGCAGUGUCUUUGUAUUAGGCUCGCUGUACCAGACCACACCAUUUUUGGUGGCUGCCCUCGAUGCUCUUCCCGUGCAGGGUCUGGUUGGUUGGCACGAGGUCGUCGCCAAUCACACGGAGCAGGUUUUGACGGAUUUCUCGGAAUUGUUGGGGCACAUCUUUAGUCUUGACUUUUGGAAAACGCUGAUCCUUACCUCUGUGGUCGGAUUUGCCGUUGUUGGAGAAGCCAUCACUUGGUGCCUCAUAUUUUUGCGGUGGCCUAGCAGCCUGCGUGCUGCAAUGGCUGCCGUGGUGACGAUCGGAAUGGUCAUCUACUGCUUUAUGCUCCCUCUUUACUGGCAGCCCAAUCGCGAAGGAACGGCGCGUUGGGCAGUUGGCGCCUAUUUUCUUGCACUUGGAGUUUUGGCUCUUUGCGGCUUUUUUGCAGUCAAUGCGAGCGCUCGUCAUUCAAGUACUCUGUCCCACUUUGCGCAGGUCGAUCGGUUGCAAGGCAUCAAUUACAAUCUGGCGAAUCUUCUGACCGUGCUCGGGCUGCUCGUGGAAGCGGCACAGCUCUUUGUUGUGCCUUGGGCGGCCUUGGUCGAGUUGGAUAGCGGUCUGGCCGGGGAUACUUUGGAUGUCAUGGUCAAAACUUAUGAAGCCGUGACCUUGCAGUUUGCCGAAGCGCUUCCCAACCUGAACCCGCAAGUGACGUUUUGGAUUGCCAUUGCUGGCGUGUUCAUCACCUACCUCCUCGUUGCCUCGCCCGCUAUUCGGGCCGUGUUGGAGGGGCACUCCCAACCCUCCAACUUGGGAUUUGGUUGGCAGCUGCUCAUGAGCGCCUUUCUCAAUGUCCUGGGCAUCACCGCCACCUUCAAUGUUGCCAAGGUGCUGCCGUGCGAGGUGUUGGGUGGCGCGUUGCGCUCCAGUUUUGAUCAUAGCUUGCCGUGCUAUGGCACUACGCAUGCAGCGCUCGUAUUGAUAGCCCUGCUGGCCCUGAGCUUUUUUGUACCAGCCAUGGUCUUUUUCCUGCCAGAGGUUGAGGCACGUAUCUACAACGAGUCUCAGCAACUGGCGUUUGCACCAUGGGCCACGAUCGCAUUCAAUGUGGGAAAGCUGGUGAUUGUCGGAGCGGUAUUGUUUUUGCGUCACGAGGUCAAAGCCCAGUAUGCCAUACUGAUAGUGGUUUACGUGGCCCUGCUCGUCGGCAGCACGGCCAAAAGCUGCCGUGCAAACGUACAGCUCGCAACUCAUCCUUUGCUUCUGGUGGUUCGCCUGGGAAUCGUCACGUUGGCUCUGUGGUCGGCCAUUUGUGCGCUGGUACUCGUGACGAGUACACCGAGCAGUGCAGUGGGCGUUGGCUUGAUCUUUGGUGGUGGUUUGUCCAUCGUCGUACUGUUUCUGGUUAUUGGCCUGGUUUUGUUGCAUUCCAAAGCUGGCGGGGCCGAGCAGCGGCGCGAUCGCGCGGCCCUCCGCACGCAGCUGCUGCAGCUCGAGUUGGCUGCAUUUCCGUAUUGCUUACAAGACUCGUGGGGCAGCAAACGUCGGGGUUGGCAGUUUCGGGUCAACCACGCCCAAACUCCCCAACAGUUUGCAGACCUUGUACAGCAGUUACCUCAGCGCCCAGAGUUGGCCCUGCUGGGGUUUGAGUGGGAUCUACCCCAUUGUCAAGAGUACUGGCAACAACAGCGUCUGGUUGUGGCUCUGGCCUACGCCUGGAAUCUCACCAAGCAUACCGGGACGUUCUGGGAAAUACGUGCUCCCAGUCCAGCUGUUGAUGUAUCAGCCUUGCACGUACCGCCCAUUCUACGGCCCGAUGAUAACUUCACGCUCUCCUUGGCGGGCAUGGUGCGCACGCGGCGCCGUACUUUUUUAUGCAUCCUCGGUCAACUUCAAGGCGUAGCAGCGCCUAUUUUGGCUCUGUAUGACCCCGAUAACGCCGAGGCGGGCUGCCAAGGGCUUGUCGUCAUUGACGUGGGCACGCAAAUCAAUCUAAAGCUGCGGCGUCGCUGGCAACGCGAUCCCACCGUCCAGGUGCAAAUCAAAGCUUUGCGGAAGAGCGGACAGACUGGUUGGAGUGGUCCUUUGGUUUUCGAGGCCACGGAGACCCCGGUGACCGCGUAUACCGUGAUAGGAUCUAAAGUGAACUUGAUCGCGGAUCACCCCCCGCCGUUUCCAAAGGGCCUCUCCACGGCGUCACCCCAAUAUACUGCCAAUGCACAGUGGUUUGAGGCUUUGCACAACGCCCGGGGCUCAGAAGCGGAGGCCGUGCGGAGCCACAUUGCAAGAUCCCGUGCUCAACAAUUGGGCAGUCUGCAGGCGUUGGCCAGAGGGGGUACAUCAAGGGCCGCGGGCUCAGCCCCAGCAUACCAAGAAUCCGCCAGCAGUGAUCCUGAAGCAGUGGCGCACGAAUCACCACCGAUGAGCGUGCCAAUUUCUUAUGACGCUGCGGUUGAUAAUCUGGUUGAACAGCUGCCCAUUGAUGAUCCCCAACAUCCCAGCCUGCUUCGACCGCUGCUUCAUGAUUCGGGCUUGGGCCGUAUCCUCAGCAGUGAGGACCAGCCUUGGGGCGUGCGUUGUGUACCAGUUGCAGGAACCGAUGCCGGCGUGGAAGCUGCUUCAAAACACUUGCAAGGGUAUCGCGUUCUGGCCGUGCUCCCGGGAUUUGGCGCCCAUCACCGUGCCGUGCGCCCAGGUUCGUACGGCGCGCCGAUCCUCGCUUCUCCUUGUACUCGAGUAUGCUGUCGCCCGGACUCACAUCCGGUUGUGGACGCUUUGCUUCGUGCACAGGCUCCACUGUGA